UGAGCUGACAGCCAGGCCUGGUGACCUAUCACGUGCCCCCGUGGGCAGGACCAGCCAGACUCCCUAGAUACAAAUAGCCCUGGGCUCCACGGCUUCACAGGCUUCUGGGAUCGAGUCCAAAUUUCUCAUCGUUUGUGCAAGCUGAGCUCACAGCAGAAUAAGCCACCAUGAGGCUGUCGGUGUGUCUCCUACUGGUCACGCUGGCCCUUUGCUGCUACCAGGCCAAUGCUGUGGUCUGCCCAGCUCUUUUUUCUGAGAUCUCAGGCUUCUCAUUCAUUAAUGAACCUGUGUUCAAGUUAAAACUUGCCAAAUAUGAUGCACCUCCAGAAGCUGUAGCAGCCGUUUUGGAAGUGAAGAAAUGCACAGAUCAGAUACCGCUUGAGAAACAUCUUUUAAUUGAAAAAGUCCAGGAAAAAAUAGCAGAGAAAUGUGAUGGCUGAGAUGUAAAAACUUUUUAAUGCUAGUUUCCACUAUCUUUCAAUGAUACUCUGAUCGUCACUGCAGAAUGUAAAGGUUUCAACGUCUUUCUCUAAUAAAUCAC